UUGUGGCGAGCGAUGUAACCAAACGUGUUUACGGUUAAAUAUCCUUACAACGAUAAGAAUAAUUUGAAAAAAAAUACAUAUGGUGAAUACAGAUUCUCCGAUAAUCGGAGAAUAUUUAUGGAAAGAGACGCCUCAGCGUUAUUAAACCAUAUCGGUGAAAUAAUAAAAGUUCUGAAAUGUAGACCAGUUGGUGGUGUAAAGCAUCGCGAACGUAAUUAUCGUACACAACUCAUCAAUCAUGACAUAAACUCGAGCCCGGUUUAUCGCAAUCCGCCAUGGCGAUGUGUAAAUAGAUUUAACAACGUUAUACUCGGAUCGUGAGAUGAGUUGUUCGGUGGAACUGAGACAACAAAGACAACAAGGGAUGGCAGAGGAUCCUCAUAAGCUUGCAGCUAUAAUGAACAAGUCACAAAGACUCGUUUUAGGUCUAUUGGUUUUACUCCUAGUCGAUAUCAUAUGGGUGUCCAGUUCCGAACUCACCAAAUACAUUUAUCAGGAGGCCGCAUUUAAAAAGCCAUUUUUCAGUACAUACAUCAAAACUUCAAUGUUCACGUUGUAUCUGCUUGGUCUCUGCUUUUGGCCUCCUUGGCGAGAUCAGUGUAAUAAACCAGCAACUUACAUGUUCAUAGAUCCGAAUAUGGAGGAUGACAAUUUUUACGCGGAAGCAAACACAAGUCUGAGUGAUCCAACAUUUGUACCAAUCAAAACCCCUGAACAUUGUGACCGUUCGUCGGGUACCGAAAGCGAUGACUCUUCAAUACGUUCCGUCAGGUUUAGUAAAUUGGCAGAGGUUCGUCACAUGUCCGAAUGUGAUGCUACAGAAGCACUUUUGGCAAGGCUUAGUUAUCAAGCUAGUGUCAGAGCUGGAGAACAUGCCAAGCGGCAAGCCAACAAGUUUUCAGUGCAGAAAGUAGCAAAAAUUGCUCUUAUGUUCUGCCUAUUGUGGUUUAUGGCCAAUUACACCUAUCAAAUUUCGUUGAUCGGAACUGAAGCAGGCAUCGUAACAGUAUUAUCAUCGACAUCCAGUUUAUUUACAUUAUUCCUUGCUGCAGUAUUUCCCAGCAACGGUAGUGAUAAAUUCACACUAUCAAAGUUCGUUGCAGUUUUAAUCAGCAUACUUGGACUGGUACUUGUGAGCUUGUCAGAUUUAACGAUUGAAGCCAACAGGAUACCGAUAGUUAUCAUUUUGGCACUGGUCAGUGCAUUUUUUUAUGCAGCGUACCUAGUUUUUUUAAGGAGAAAAGUUGACCAUGAAGACAAAAUGGAUAUUCCAAUGUUCUUUGGCUUUGUCGGACUGUUCAAUUUGACACUUCUGUGGCCUUUAUUUUUUAUACUCCACUAUGGAGAUUGGGAGGACUUUGAAUGGCCCAAUACUCACCAGUGGACCUUUUUAAUCAUUAACGGACUUAUUGGUACUGUUUUAAGCGAAGUUCUGUGGCUGUGGGGCUGUUUCCUAACGUCAUCUCUUAUUGCUACGCUGGCUGUCAGCUUGACAAUGCCAAUGUCAAUGCUAGCUGACGUUUUAGUGAAGAAGGUCGAAUACCCGUGUAUGUUUUACUUAGGCACAGUUCCCAUGUUGCUGGCAUUUGUUAUUGUGUCACUUCUAUCGUACUAUGAUAAUUGGGAUCCAGUGUUGGAAGGUGUCAAAAGACUUUAUACAUGGGUAUGCAGACGGAGCAGAUCCUCUGUUAGGAUACAAGACUUGGAAGCAGAACAAACAGAAUCUUUGAUCUGUAUAAACAAUGGUGAGCACGAGGCCUAAUCUGACAAUAAAUAUAUAGGCUGUUAAAAUGUUCCUCACAUAGGUCAGCACUGAACAGUUUAAUUAUUUUUAUUUUCUUUUUCGUUUGUAAUUUUACUUUCUCUUUUAUUUUUAGAAGAUGCAUUACAACUCGUGUCUUAGUUCUAAAGUUUCUUAUAAGCAGCCUGCGUCUAAAACCGAUUCCAUAUUCAAUUCAUCAUUCCACUAUAGUCAUUUAUCUGCUUAGUUAUUAAUUGACAUGAAAAACCUGACAUUCUGUCACAUGUUACACUUUUAUAUAUGUAUAAAAUUGGGCAAAGUAAAGACAUCUGUUAAAAACUAAAAUUUCAUGCAAUCUGAUGCGAAAGUAGUGAUAACCACUCCUACCAUGCUGCUUCUAUAUUCCGUAUUGAAUAGCUGCAGCUAUAUUAAGCAAUAGAAAUAAUAAUAAAGACAGCUCACUGUAAUAACCAUAGGUAUUUCGUUCGUCAAGCAUAGUUCUACAACACUCAGAGUAUGUUUCACAUUCACGAUAAAAAAUGCAUGUGCUGAUAUUUAAUUGCUUUAUCUAAGUAAAAUUCAGAACACGUUGAAGAAUGUCGACUUCGAGAAUGAGCCAGGUUUGAAAUAUCAUUUUCAAAUUUUAUAACUGUCAAACCAAAGCUUAAUUGAAAUGGAUAAAUAUAAUUUAAUAAGCCCACUGCUGAUAAAUUUAAGCUGGCUAAUCCGGGUAGUAAGAAUUUGUUUAAAAUGCUUUUCCUGAACAAUUAAAUUAUAACAAUUCUCCUGCGGAUUUUGCCAUUUACUGAGUGAAGAGAAGUAAUGGAGACUAUUGAAGGCAUUACUGCCUCGUUAUCUUAUUUUUUAUGAAUGAAAUCUAGGACUAGAGAACGAUAGUAGCACUACAAUUCAUUGUUAUAGAUGGCAAAGUUAUUUUGAUGGCUAUUACACGAAAUUGUCUGAUUGAACUGUAUAGAAACAGAAAGCUCAUCUCAUAAUUUUGCCAAGGCUUAAAAGAUAUAAUGCAAAAUGUUUACGUAUAAACUAUAUUUGUGAUAUGAUAUUCAUUGUAUAGACAGUUAAACUCUUAUAGGCUUUGGAUCAACUAUAUUUCCAUAAUUGUUUACUGUGAACUUUUAUGUAUUGUUGAUAUUUGCCAUUUCACAACCUCUAAUUUGUACAUAUUCAUACUAUAGCUGUUAAAAAUUUAGAUUUUAAUUUCCGCUUAAUUUACGGUACAAACCUCACAGGUUUGUUAUACAUAAUUAUUACUGAUUAAUGGUCGGUUUGGGUAAAAUUUAAAUGGAAAUAUGUUCAAAGUUAAUCCUGUGCUGUUCACGAGUGCUUUCUAACUCUUGGAAACAUAUUUAUAGAAGUGCAGUAUACGUAUCGCUUUUCAAAAAUACACAAAAACUUACCUAGUUUUGAAGUUUGGAUAGCUAAUAAACCUGUUCCUUUUGUUGCAACGGUUUCGUACAUUCUUCAGGGUUUGCUGUUUUCGAUUUGAUAAAUAGUUAGGAAUUAUGCGACGUAUUUUUAUUCAGUUUUUCGAGCUUACAAAAGCCAGCCAAAUAUAUAGAGUAGGUACUUUAAAUUUUCUAAGACACUAUCAGUGAGAUAUUACUAUAUAGUUUUAAAUCGGUCGAGGAACAAUAAACAUAAUUGGUUACACUUUAGGACCAACUUGAAAUAAAAUUGUUACAAAUAUAUAUAAUAUAUAUAUACAUGUGUUUGUAUGUAUGUAUGUAUAUGUAUAUUGAAACUUGCUAAGCGAUGAAAUUAUAUUCGGCAAAUUAUUGCAGAGUACUUAAACGCGAAACUAUUCUGAAAAUGUGUUCGAAUCAGUCGAAGAUUAUUUACCAAUUUUUCGAAAGUAUAAUAAUGCAAACUAUCUCGCAUAAUAAAAUCUAGUCAACAGGAUUGAUAAAUUUUAUAUUUUGUCACUUUGUAUUUCCAAUACCUGUAUUAUGAUUUAAAAGUCAGGCAAGAUCUCUUGCGCAAAAAUGUACAAUAACUACUAACUAUGAAUGUUAACUAUGCCUGUUCAUUAUAAACACAUUACAAAAUACAAUUCAGUUAAUGCGCACAAAUGUGCAUAUUCAUCAAUCAAAUUGAUGAUUAGAUAUGUAUAUAUAUAUUUUAGAGACUUAUGAAUAGAUUACUGCACGCUCCUUAAAGUGCAACUGUGUAUCUAUAUGUAUGUAUGCAUAUAAAUUAUCAGGUAAUUUUAUACAUGGAGUCAAAAUAUCCCUAUCAACACACGUGUGUCAAAUUCGAAAUCAUCUCGGUUUACAGACUUUGAAUGAGCAAUAAUUGUCCAUCCUUUAUUUCACUCUGACAACACUCUUUCCCUAGAAGAUUGUUGUUUUUUGCAAUAUAAUUCGUUAAGAAAAGUGUUAUUAAAUUUUAUAGACUAGAUUGAUAGGUCUCAGAAUGCCAUAGGAAAACGGUGAUAAUACGCCAAGAUGUUUGUACUGCACACUGAAUUCAGUUUAAGAAAAUGAACAUUCGUAUAUACAUAUACAAUAUACAGUUUCAUCACUAAUACGCAAACGGAUCAAUAUUAUUUAUUAUAAUUAAUUAUAGCUGACUGUUCCUGUAUGUAUUAUUAUAAUUGUAUAUCUAAUGUAAAUAUUAAGAAACCUUAAUUACCGAAUGGAAUUCUAUACAUGUAUCAUUAUACAUACGGAGGAAUUAAAAGAAAAUAUUGGCAGUA